AUGACGAGAAAGAGUAAGAGGUCACAGUCUGCAAGCCAGCGCUGGCAGAGGUUACAUGACAUUGACUGUGUGAGUACUGGACAAGCAGAUGGUGUUCCUCAGAGCAGUGGAGAGGUAAAGAUGUCUGAAGUGUCUGAUGCUGUGAAACAGGGAGGUGAAGGUGCGUCAAACCAACCACAGGUAUCUAAUGCAGACAUGCUGAAGAGGAGACGUGUAAGUGAGUCACCUGCUGCAGGCCCGUCGAACUCUGAACAGGUUUACCACAGAGGUGAAAGUAAUGAUCCAGGUGUACAACAGGUAACAUAUGCAAACAUGGUAAAGAGAAAACUUCCCAGAGUGUCAUGUACUGCCGGUCCGUCCAACUCUCGUCAGGUAAACUAUGUAGCCCAAACUGACAAGCCAUGCUCAACCCAGGUAUCGUAUCCAGACACUGUUAAGGGAAACCACAGUAAUUAUCAGUCUGUAUCAGCCUCUCCUCGGGCAAGAAAUAUUAACGCUGUUAAUCAGUCAGGUGAACAAAACGUCUGUGCAUCACGCAGCCAAGCAUCUCUGAAAUACGGCCGAUCCAGAAACCAGCAGUGCACCUGUAACUCACUGACAUUUCUAGCAUUCCUGUAUGAGAGCGAACACAUCACCAGAGCAGACCUGGACCGUGUUUUGGAUAAAGGUGAUGUGAUGUACAGAGAAGUCAGAAAAACUGUUGAUCACGCCCAUCUGACAACCGAUGAGCUCCCUAAAGAGGUUCCUGCACGCAGACACACGCAGACUGUUGACAUGACACAGCUGUCUAGAUACGGUACGUUUGGAGAUCCGGAUCCCGGAGCUGUUGAUACCUUUCUGGACCUCGUUUCAGGACUGAGCUGCUUAUUAACAGAUGUGCAGUACGCUUUGCUGCUAAUGACUUCGUUGUGCAUUGCAGUUUUCAGAACCAGAGAUGGCAGGUACGGUUUCUUUGACCCACAUGCUCGGACAGCUAACGGUUUGCCUCUGCUUCAGGCCACACCUACUCCCGGUACCGCUGUCAUGGUAACAUUCACACGCCUCAGUGACAUGAUUGAAAGGCUCAUAAGGUAUCACCACAUAUUGGACACAGCAGCGUCCUGUCGCUAUGAGCUCAAGCCAGUUGUGUUUUAUGAUGAGAACCUAAGUGAUGCUUUCCCAGCCACAGAAAGUCCGUCCACAAGUCCCUCUGUCAAAACCACCGUGAUAGAUGAUGACACAAGUGCUCCACAGAUGAACACUGAUGUCCGUGAAAACACUGAACAUGACAUGGAAACUGAACCAGAACCACUGAUUGACUUCAGCCAGUGUUCUGUCACAUUAACUGGUCCUGAAUCUCUCACUCCAGAGAUGAACACUACUGUAAGUGAUGACUGUCAUGACCUCUCAACCCUGAUGGAAACUCAAGCUCAUCAACCAGGUCAAAUCAGCAAGAAAUCUGUCACAUCAGAGGAACCUCAGGAGACGCAUUCAAAUUUGUCUCAACCAUUGAUAAACAUCCCUGUUGCCAGUGACAAUCUCCUCCAUGACAUCGCCACUAAACUGUCAAAAAGGAACAAACAACAAAAUAAAAAAUAUAACAGAAGACAAGUGGCAUCUGAAAAGACAUCACAUUGGAAAAAGGAUAAAAAAAUAAAAGAGAGAGAAAAGUAUGCUAAGGAUGAAACUUAUAAAGCAAAGAAAAGGUCUUACUCAAGUAAGAAAUAUUCUGAAAAUCCUAAAAUACAGACAAAGAAAAGGCAAAAGCUCACAAAAAUAUACAGGGAAAGCUCAGACUUCAGACUAAAGCGAAAAGAAUAUAUCACCAAAAAAUACAAAGAAAAUGUGGAAUUUAAAGACAGACAAAAAGAAUAUAUCAGAAAGAAAUACAGUGAAAAUGUUGAUUUUAAAGCCAGACAAAAACAAUAUAUCACCAAAAAUUACAAAGAAAAUGUUGAUUUCAAAGCCAGACAAAAACAAUAUAUCACCAAAAAUUACAAAGAAAAUGUUGAUUUUAAAGCCAGACAAAAGCAAUAUAUCAUCAAAAAUUACAAAGAAAAUGUUGAUUUUAAAGCCAGACAAAAACAAUAUAUCACCAAAAAUUACAAAGAAAAUGUUGAUUUUAAAGCCAGACAAAAACAAUAUAUCACCAAAAAUUACAAAGAAAAUGUUGAUUUUAAAGCCAGACAAAAACAAUAUAUCACCAAAAAUUACAAAGAAAAUGUUGAUUUUAAAGCCAGACAAAAACAAUAUAUCAUCAAAAAUUACAAAGAAAAUGUUGAUUUUAAAGCCAGACAAAAACAAUAUAUCAUCAAAAAUUACAAAGAAAAUGUUGAUUUUAAAGCCAGACAAAAACAAUACAUUACAAGGAGAUACUCAAAGGACAUAAAUUUCCGGGAAAGACAGCGAUCCUACUUCAACCAUCGAUAUGCAAACGAUGAAACAUUCUGUCACAGACACAGACAGCUAAUGAGACAAAUGAUGCGAGACAG